CUCAUCCAUCCCCAAUUUGAUUUCCAAUCAUCUCUCUCCCACUCCCAUCCCAUUGUUGGAUUCAUCGAAUCAAUCAUGUACUCAUCCAACUCCAACUCCACCGACUACCAGAAAUUCUCCGAUGCCACGGCAUCUCCGCCGCGUGAUUACACCACUCCGACCGGGAUCCCGGUCAGCUCCACCCAGACAUUUUACACCGAGAAGCCCGAGCCGAGGCCUCCUCUUCCCCCCAAGCCUCAGGUGCCAUGGUCCACCGGCCUCUGCGGUUGCUUUUCCGAUGUCCGCAACUGUUGCUUGACGUUCUGGUGCCCCUGCAUUACAUUUGGCCGGAUUUCUGAGAUCGUCGACAAAGGAUCCAGCUCUUGUAUUCAGAAUGGAGCACUGUACACAUUGAUAGCGUGCGUGACCGGGUGCCCGUGCUUCUAUUCGUGUUUCUACCGCUCCAAAAUGAGGCAGCAAUACUCCCUCCACGAAUCUCCCUGCUGCGACUGCUUGCUUCAUUGCUUCUGCGAAUCUUGUGCUCUCUGCCAAGAGUAUCGCGAGCUUAAGAAUCGUGGAUUCGACAUGACCAUCGGAUGGCAUGGAAAUGUGGAGAGACAGAAUCGCGGAAUAUCCAUGGCUCCAAUCGUUGAAGGCGGAAUGACCAGAUAAUUAUAUUUAUGCAAUUUUCUCUACAUAUAUAAUGCUUUCAGUUCCAUGAAAAUCUCGUGUGUGUUUUUCUACUGUAAACCAAGUACUUCAACUUUGUUGCACUAAUAACUUAUGGAGCGUGUAUAUAUAUAUAUAAUGUGUGUUUUCUACA